AUGGCCCGGGUGAAGGCGGCGCUGGUGUCGCCGAUGGCGGCGGGGAUGAUGCUGAUGAUGGUGCUUGUGAGCAUGCACCUGGUACAGAGAAGCGACAUGCUGGCUGCUUCUCCCUCCUCCUCGGCAUCCUCCUCCUGGAUUGAGCUUGAGAGCCGAUCGAGGCUGGGGCAUGAAAGCGUGGAGCAGGUGAUUGCGGGGUGGAACAAGCUGGAGGCAGAGGCAAAGAGGCAGUUGAAGGCCAGCAAGCUCGCAGCUGUACCCCAGAGUGGACAGGGCAAGCUGGCCGGACUUGGCGUGAACACAGGAGAGGAGUACAAUCACCAUCCUGGCAUGGAUGUCACUGUGCGGCAGGGACAUAGAAACCCCUCUUACUUCUUCUCUGCGGAGGGCAGCGAUCCUGAUCUCGUCCCCAACCUGACACCCACAGCGGAACCCGUGCGGGAGAGGAGCAGGCUGGACGACGCUGGGAUCAACACUGGCUCAGAGCACAGCCAGUGGGACGACGAGGCCGUUGAGACUUCAGCAAUGGAGGACCCCUACAACGUCGGCUCCUCCCCUCACCGGGAGUGGAGCUCUCCCUCUCACCGUGCAGGAGGAAUCUUUGCCGUCUCCCCCAGGAUGAGCCAGCUUACCUCCUCCCCUCACGCUCCUGUUGAGACGUCCAACCACCAUCUCAGCAGCAAGGGAGUGAACACCGGGGAGGGCGGUGGCCCAGACCUUGGCUUUCCCGGUGACAACCACGUGAAGGCAGGGCAUGUGAACCCUGCCCACAUGAUCCACACAGGGCAGAGCCUGCCGACUUACACGCAGAGCAAGAAGACUUCGAAGCCCAGGACGACUAGGGACGGGGCGUUAGACAGGCUGGGAGUGAACACGGGGGACGAGCACUCGCAAUGGGACGACGCCAUGGUGAAGUCGGACGGGCUGGAGGACAGCUACAACAUCGGCAUCUCCCCUGAGCGCGAGUACAACAACCCUGCUCCUCUUCCUGGUACCGCCAGCUGGCCUGCGAGGAGCCCGAGGUCGGGAGGAGUGGAGCAGAAGCUCAUGGGAGGCAGGAGGUCACAUGAUUUCUUCCGCAAGAAUGUCCAGCCGCUGCUGCAGGGAGCGAAGAGGGGAGGAGGAGGUGGAGUGGAGCGCUCCAAGAAGGUGAUGCAGGCUGCUACCGGGUUGCUGAAGCAGGCAGCAGCGGAGGAGGCAAGGGCCAAGGAAGCAGAGAGUGCGUUUGAGCAGCAGGCGGCAAUGGCAAGGAGGGCAGAGGCCCUCGCGCUGAAGGCAAAGACCUUUGCGGAGAAGGUGGGAGAGGCGAAGCUGAAGGAGGAGGAGGCGCAGGAGAGGCUGCAGGCUGCGGAAGGGAAGUUCAAGAAGCAGCUCAAGGAGUCUGAGGACAUCAUCCCGGAGACGCAGGGCAACUUCUCCUCCUCCUCCUCCUCCUCCCUGUCCACCCCUCUCGCCCUUGGAUCGAAGGCAGCGAAGAGCAGUGAUGCCAGUCCGUCCCAGAGGCGACGAGGGAAGUUGGAUGAAGAGGCCAAGAAGGAUAGGAUGGAGAACAAGCAGCUUGCAGCUGCUGGAGACGUGCAGGAUGUGUUUGCCGCCAUUAACGGGCAAGUGCCUCUUCACUCUGCUCGCAAGGUCUCAACCAAGUUAGUGGCAAAACCUACCAUCAAGAAGCAGAUCAAGUUGAAUCAUCGCUCGGUUGGGGAGCGACACAAGAAAGAGGAAGCUGUUGAGAAGCGCCUCGGGGGCCUCCUCUGCCG